AUGUCGAGAUGCCCCGCACGGUCGAUUGCCAGCGCGGGCAGUGAGUCGGCUGGAAGCCCCCGACAACGAUCAUCUCCCGCCCGGGGAGAGCGCUCAGCUUCGAAUCCGGCAUCUUACAUCGGAGAUCGCGACCACUAUGACACGGCGCUGCCGUCGAUGGACUUUCGGUCUCCGCCUAUGUUCCCUUCUCAGUCGUCUAUCGCCCAUCGCCGAACAGGAAGCACGUUGAAAACGGUCAUGCGCAAGAUCUUCAAUCGGAAAAGGCAGAGCCAGGCCGAUGAACUGGAAGAAACCCCAUUUGAAUCGAGCUUUGGCAGACCACCAGUGAGAAAUUCAGGGCCAGCGAAAGGCAGAUCAUUGGCUGUCCCGCCAGCUCUCAAUCUGAACACACAGCGGAGUAGUCCACUCUCCGCGGAGAACCUCCAGCUCGCGGAAGCCCAUCUGUCUCCGCUGUCGCCUCUACAUUCUGGGAGUUUGCAUGAGCCUUUACCGGGCGGUAUGCCGCCCCGUCGCCGACGUGCAACCCUUCCUAGCGUGGUCUUCUCAGAUGACGGGUCGCGGUAUGGCGUCGCAUCCACGGCUAUAUCCGACCCGCAGGAGGAUAGAAGCUAUGUCCCAGACCGGAGACAUAGCCUCCUCUCGCACCGGCUAUCCAGAAGCACAGAGGCCUUACGCGAGAUGGCAGAUCAGCUACCAGAGAUACCAGCUGAAUGGUCAGCGCGUACAGCUUCCGCCCCCGGACCAGCCUCAAUCCGGGGCUCUCCCUCCCCGCCCUUGGACGAAAGCUCCAACAGCGGCCAAUCCAGACGACCCUCCACAGGAACGACCGUUACCAACGUAACACCCGAAUCCGCCGCUCCCUCCGUGCUGGAAAUGGAGCCAGCCGCCGACCAAGCCAGCCUCCCGAACGUUGCCCAUUUCGUCAGCACAAUGCAGCAAGACGACAACGUCACCCUAGAACAGCGUCUAACAACACUGGAAGUAAAACUCAUCGACCUGGAAUUCGCCAUCGCGCGAAUGCAAACCUCCGACCACGACAAAACAUCCCGUCCACGACACCCCGCAUCCACAGGAUCCCUCUCCUCCCGCCGCCACAAACCCGCCAUCCUCUCCGACAGCGACACAUCCCCCUUGCCGAGCGCAUACACCCGCCCCUCGAGCACAAGCACGAUCCGCCCGGACACCAUGAACACGCGCACCCUCCGCCCCGCCCCCUCCGCAACAUCGCUGUCAGACUACAACGGCGUCUCUAUUGAGCAGUACAGCACGCUCGUCACGCUUCUGCGCCGUGAGCAGACCGCGCGCAGGAACUUGGAGGCCCAAGUUGGCGGCUUACGGGACGAUAUUCGGCUCCUGCAGCGGGCGACGAUGCAGCCUAUGCGUCUUCGUCGGGAUCUGAGUGAUUCGGGUAGUUCGCCGAGGGAUGAUAAGGGGGCGGAUAGUGAAUCCGAGUGGGAUCGGUCGGAGAUUUAUUCUCGGGAUGAUCCUUUUGGUCAGCCGAAGUGGGAGAGGCAGAGGGUUGUUACUGCUCCUAUGAUCUGA